AUGGACCUGCAAUCUCAAAAUCUGGUAGGGAAAUUAUCCCCAAACGGAGGAAAUCUGAGUUUUCUAAGGGAGCUGUGGCUGAAAAACAACAUCUUCAGUCAUGAAAUUCCUUCACAAAUUGGGAAUUUGCGUAGAUUGCAGUGUUCCCCAAAGUGCUCAAGGAAGAAAAGGAAAGAAAUUUCAUUGAGCACUUUGGGGAACACUAUUUUGCAAGUGUCAUAUGAUGCUCUACUCAAAGCUACUGACAGGUUCUCAGAGGCUAAUUUAAUUGGUGCUGGUAGUUUUGGGUCUGUGUACAAAGGAGUUCUUGAUGAGGAUGAUAAAGCUCAACUUGUUGUCGUGAAGGUGUUUAACUUGUUACGCCAUGGAGCUUCGAGGAGUUUCAUAGCCGAAUGUGAAGCUUUGAGAAAUAUUAGGCACCGAAAUCUUGUCAAGAUUAUAAUCGUGUGUUCAAGUGUUGAUUUUCAUGGUAAUGAUUUCAAGGCUCUAGUUUAUGAGUUCAUGGACAACGGGAGCUUAAAGGAGUGGCUGCAUGCACCUACUGGAACUGAAGAGUUAAGAGAUCAUGUACCCAAGAAGUUAAGUCUUGCUCAAAGGCUAGAAAUUGCCAUUGGUGUUGCUUGUGCACUGGAUUAUCUUCAUAAUCAUUGUGAAAUGCCAGUAAUUCAUUGUGAUCUCAAGCCAAGCAACGUUCUCUUGGACAACGAACUGACUAGCCAUGUUUCUGACUUUGGAUUAGCAAGGUUUCUCUCACAAGUAACGAGUAAUGUUUCAGCAAUUCAGAAUCAGACAAGUUCCGUUGGAAUAAGAGGAACGGUUGGUUAUGCAACUCCAGAGUAUGGCAUGGGGAGUGAGGUGUCAAGGAAUGGUGAUGUCUACAACUUUGGCAUUCUCUUGUUGGAGAUGUUUACAGGGAACAGACCCACUGACAACAUGUUUGGUGAUAGCUUCAACCUUCAUAAUUUUGUAAAGAUGGCUCUCCCUGGGCGAGUUACUGAAAUUGCAGAUGCACCACUUCUUCAAGGAGGCACGAACGAGAAUCCCAAUCAAUGCAGUGCAAGAAUUCAUAAAUUAAGUUGAGGUGUGCUUGAGUUCAAUAUUUAGAAUUGGAAUCGCUUGUUCUGCUGAAUCCGCAACAGAUCGACUAAAGAAUAUCAAUGAUACUGCAUCUGAACUUCAUUCCAUUAGGAAUAGUUUUCUUGGAUAGAAACUCUUUUUUAUGUGCUUUUGUGAUAGAGAAAUUUCGUGUACUGCCUAUAAAGUCUAGCUUUUAUGUUACCACAUUAGAUGUGGAAGUUUGCAAUGUAAAUAAUCACCAAUGAGGUUCAUUGUAUGAAAAGUGUAUUACUACUUCUUGUACUUGGUAUUUUUGUGUAAUAUUCACAUCGAUUAAAGUCUA